AUGAAAGAGUUCAACAACAAGCCACCAGUGCCAGGAGUCAAACUCAUCGGAUACGUCGACGACCUCCAAGCACAUCUUCCACCAGGUUUGGCUAGGAACAUGCAGGCCAUAUCCACUGUAACGAAUUGGAUUCAGGAACGUCUCUCCCAAAAAGGGAUUGAGCUCAGUCUCCCGAAAUCCAAAGUGCUUUUCCCGGAAGGUCUUUGCAUGUCCUCUUUGACAAACGACGAACAGCAACAAUUGACGAAAAUUGGUCUGUCAGUUGCUGAAGGUGGCAUGCCAGUUGUCGGGAUCCCAGCAGGAACAGAGGAGUUCCAGAGGAAUUUCGUUUCCAAAAUCGCCCGUGGUGACCCGGCGGAAUUGAUACUCCGCCUAGCAACGCUUGACGACCCUCAAGCCAGCUAUCAACUGCUGCGUUUAUCUGGUGUGCCACGUUUGUUCCAUCUGCUGAGGACGAUUGCACCGUCUAUCACCAACUCUGCCGCAAAAAUACAUGACAACAUGAUGAUGUGGGCAAUGAGUAAGAUCGUCCUUGGCAAGAUGGCCGACAGCAUGAGAAUACCAACGGUCAAAGAGGUACGCGCAGACCCGACGAAGAGCGAGGAGGUAGAUUUCUUCAAAGGGACAGCUCGGGCGCAAGUGCACCUACCCAUGCGAGAAGGAGGACUAGGAAUCACGAGCAAUGUUCUCAUUCGAGAAUCGGCUUUUGUGGCAGGGCAAGCGCUGGUGUUCUCCAAGUCAGUGCAAGCAUCGACAGGAUACACAGUUGAGCAAUGUCUACCCCGGCUUGCCCAGCUACCGACGGGAUUGGCUCUGAUUGACUCACUCAAGAAGCUAGAGGAGAUCAUCACAAAGCCAAGCUUGAAAAAGCUGUUGGGCAGUCAUGGGCUAAACUUUCCACAAGUGAUGAGUUAACCCCCGCCCUCAAAGGAGUUUACUUGUUGGAAGCAGGGAAGGCGGGAAAACCCCGUGAAGAUGGAAACCCUGACGUAGAACAUCAACCACCGUCUACCUUCAGCCGAAAUGAAUUUGGUCAACACUACCAAGUCUUUGGAGCCCAAGCUCUCCUUUCGAAACCUCUUCAUGCAGCAGUGCGNCAGACUUGCAGAAGAUAGCAGGCGAGGAAAUGUCAAAGAAGAGAGCGUUGAUCCGCUUGGAGGAAGCGAAAGGCGAGGGGGUUUUGUCAUGGUUGACAACGCAAGGGCUGUCAGCAGAUGAAAGAAUGCUGCCUGACCUAUAUCGAGAGUCAAUCGGUCGUGUACUGGGGAGUCACGAUCGAGCAGACUGCAACACAGGCAAACUUUGUGGUGCAGGUGCAUUGUUACCAUGCAAGGACCGCUUGAGCCGAGCCCACUCCCUCGUCUGCACCAAGACCGGCGCCUCAACCUUCCCCCCCCACAGGAUGGUUCGCGUAAUCCUCAAGACACUGCGCGAGUGCCAUAUGCCCAUCGCCGUUGAGGANUGGAAGGAUUCUUCCCCUUUUACCACAGGCACUGGUAGGGGAAAGGGGCUAUACAAGAUGGAUUUGGUAAUCCCCCCAGGAUUACACGCAGGAGAGAAGGAAGAGGACCUCUGCACCAAGUCCAUUCUGAUCGACGUAACAAUCGUCAACCCAUCAGCAGGUCGAAGCAUCGACAAGUCGAUCCUUAAGCCAGGAUCAGCCCUCGAAGAUCGAGCUGCAAGUAUGGUAAAUCACUAUGCGGGAACUUUCAACCCGUCUAGAUCUACCCUCCUUACUGCUGCUUUUUCAACAGAUGGUGGUCUUGGCAAAGGCACCAAUCGACUCAUCGUUGCUAUCGCCAACCACUUGGCGCACGAAGCUUUUUGCCGGGGGAAUUUUGACGACGAAAGAGCGUUAGUCCGCCUGAAAGUUUUCAUACUUACAGGAUUCGGAGACGGUUUACCUUCGAGCUAGCUCGUUUUCUGUCCAUGCGAACUCGCGAUGUAUUCAAACGUCAUGGGCUACUGAUCGACCAACUUGCACCAGGGCCAAUCGUUUGGGAUCUCUGCGACAACGAUAGAAAAGAGAAUAAUACUUUUGGGAGUGACGGAGACGAAGGAAAGGGAAAGGGAAGAAAGGAGAACGAAGACGACGAUGGAAGAGAAAAACAUGGAGUGGAAGAGAGCAAAGGGGUUGAGCCAGAUGACCUUCCCCAAAAGAAAAAACGCAGGACUAGGGAAGAACUGCCCCGAGAUGCUUGUUAAAAUGAGGAUCAGAAUGAUGGUGGCGACGAGCACAAGGAGGAUACUGGUGAAAGUACUCCAAAACGAACUCGAGUACAAGGUAGUAGCCUCGGUAGACACGUGCAGUUUUUUUCUGUUGAUGCUGUUUCUGUCUUUGAUCCGAAGGAUAGUUUAGCCUCCCUCAUACCUGCCCCCUCACGGGGUCCCAGUUCAUGGCAGAUGAACGUGUGUUGUGUUUUCAACCGCACCGAGACUGACGUCUUUUCAUUGGUCAGCCGGUUAGCGCGGUCGAUGCUAAUAAUAAAAACACACAACACACAAUUAAAUGACAUCAGUGCCAGCGGGUAAAAAUCAAGGUUCCUGUAAGGGGGCCAAAAUUCGAACAAUGCGCAAUGCGCUAGAUGCGAAUGCCAGUACGACUCUCUACAUAUUUUUUCACUCAGACACACAUCUCAGCUACACAAAUGCCCUCGCUUGAAUCUAGUAAGCCACUGAUGGAAAGAGCGGAGGACAGCAGAAGGGUUAAUUCAAGCUCAGCCGAAGCCAGGAUAUCGUGGUAUGCUGCAUCUCCCAAUUUGAUAAUCGUACACUCCCAAGAUCCAACAGUCAUCGUGGCAGCAGCUAGGUGACUCAAACAAAAUAAUAACACAUA